AUGGCUCCUUCUGUCCUUGGCAUCGGCCUUCCUGCCACCUCUGAUAUCGUCCCGUGGGUCUUCCGAGGUUUCCUGCGAAAAUCACUCGACGUGAUGGAGGCGGACAUGACCGCCUCUCCAUACGAUUGGGAAAUGCUGUAUCUGACACCAGACAUGCCGUUUGAUGUAUGCACAAAGAAGCUUGGAGAGAAGAAGUGGGAUGUUGUCAUGGUCGGGAUGGGCCUUCGGAAAACUGACAUGCUCGUACCCUACUUUGAGCGCAUCGUCAACGCUGUACAUGAGGAGCUACCACAGGCGAAGUUCGCUUUCAACAUCAGCAUUGAAAAGACGCGGGAAGCUGUUGAUCGAGUUUUGGCCGGCGAAGACAGAGUGUGA